AUGAGCUGGCAGGCCCCACUCACACUCUCGCAGCUGGCUAUACAGAGCCUGCUGAGGGAUGAGGCCUUGGCCAUCUCUGCUCUGCAGGACCUGCCCAUGGAGUUCUUCCCCCCACUGUUCAAGGAGGCCGACACUCAAAGAAAAACAAAGAUGAUUAAGAGCUUGGUGGCAGACUGGCCCUACCCUUGCCUUCCUGUUGGGUCACUGAUGAGGAACCCCAACUUGGAGACCUACCAGGCUGUGCUCGAUGGAGCAGACACGUGGCUGAAACGAAGGUUUCGCCCUAGGAAGCAGAAGCUUCAAGUGCUUGACAUGAGGAAUGUGCAGUGUGACUCCCGCGACACGGAAAGAGAGGGUAGAGACAGCUGGAUGAAAACAGUGCUUGAGAAGCAAGUAGUGAAGGGGCAGCCUAGGAGCACCGUGAGGUGUUUGAAGGUGGUCAUUGACCUUGCCUUUAUGAGUUCUCCCAAUGUAUACCAGACACAGUUGUUGAAGUGGGCAGAGGAGAGAAAGGGUUUCCUGAAGUUGUGCUGUGUAAAGAUGGAGAUAGGGACAUCAGAAGUCUACAGGGCCCUGAAGGUCUUACAGUUUUUACAGCCAGAGUUCAUCAAGGAGGUGAAACUGAAUACAGUGUCGGCCCUGCCUGCACUGGCCAGUUUUGCACCUUGCAUCAGCAAGAUGAGCAAUCUUUGCACACUCCAGCUGUUACGAAUCUUCGGAAAAAGUAACCCCACACACAAGGAGGAGAAGCAUGUCACCAAGAUCAUCUCAGUGUUCUCCAAACUCAACCAUCUCCAGCAUCUCUCUAUGCAUGAUGUCUAUUUUCUCAAAGGCCGCAUGGAACAGCUGUUCAGGUGCCUGAAGUCCCCCUUAGAGUCCCUCUCCAUCACUUGUUGCCAGCUCUUGCAGCCAGACUUGGAGUCAUUUGCCCAGGGUUGGAACCACUGCCAGCUUAAACAGCUGUCACUAAAAAGCACCCCUUUACUUGAGUUGGAUGUCACACCUCUAAAAUUUUUCUUAGAGAAUAUUGCAGACACUCUGCGAAUCCUGGAUUUAGAAUAUUGUAAGAUGAACGACAAACAGCUCGAACUCCUUUUGCCUGCCCUGAGGCAAUGCUCCCAGCUCACGAGCAUCAAUUUCUAUGACAAUGACAUCUCCAUGGAUGUCCUGAGGAAGCUUCUGCACUCUGCUGCCAGCCUGAGCCAGCUGACCAUGGAACUGUACCCUGCGCCUGCAGAGGUCUAUGAUGUGCAUGGUUAUGUCAUAGAAGAGAGAUUCUCCCACUAUUGUGCUGAACUCAUGAACACAGUCAUCCUUGUGAGACAGCCCCGGUCAAUCUGCUUUGGUUCCUAUAACUGCUAUGACUGUGAUAUGCGUUACCUCUACGAAGACAAGACCAAACCUUGUGAUUGCGCUCAGGAAAUACAGGAAGAUGAUUUUGAGGACUAA